AUGGGAGGAAUCACGGUUGCACAUCAACAAGAAACCAACGACUCAUUCGCUGCUUAUGCAUCCACUCGACGAAAAUCACAUGCGGAAGCACCUGUUGUUACUGAAGACGAGAUUGCAAAGCUAUUGUCGAAUGGCAGCAGCACCACCACCACGCCAGGUCACAAUAUGGAAGAUUUGACUGGUGAAGUCCAAGAUCUCAUGAUGAGAGAAUCAAUGGCUUCUUGGUUACAGCCUUGGACAACAACGACUACAACGCAUGCUGAUGAUGACAAUAACGUCGCCAAUGAAGCACAUGCUGCUCUUAGUGGAUUCGAUGCACAUCAACUCUCGCUUCAUCUUGAAAACUUGUUUAGUCAAGGCGAUUUGACUGAAAUGCCAUCACCCUUUUAUGACGAAAUGAUGUUUGUGGCUGAUGAUACAUCGAUCAACAUGAGUGCACAACCUUCGAUUGAAUCAACACCUGUUGGCAGUCCUCAAGUUGAAAUCGUCGAAGAGGAAGAGGAAGAGGAAAUCACUGUGCAAGAUGAUGAGGAUGAACCCGUAGUGGUACCUGCUAUGGUUGAGAUGCCUGUUGCUACCAUUCAAGAAGAGCCAUCAAUGCCUAUCAACAACCUCAAACGUCGACGAUCAUCCAUGUUGAGCAGCGAAGAAGAGGAUAGCACUGAUGAUUCAUCCGAUGAUGAUUCUUCUGAUUCAGAGGAUGAGAAUACGGUGAUCCCUACUACCGUCGCCAACCUUGGUAGCCGAUAUUGGUCUUCGUCCGAUGAAUCAGAGUCUGAAUCAGAAUCAUUUCCUACCGCAUCAACAGCUGCAUCCACACCACACAAGCGCAGGUCGCGUCCAGCUUCGCCUACAGCUUCAUGCUCAGCCUAUGCAUACAUGCACAAGCGACAAAUUGAAGAAACCUUGCUCAACAAGAUCAGUAACCAAUUGCAACCUGAAAAGUUACCUGGUAUCCUUGCCAUCAUUUCCAAUGACAACGCUGGUCAAGCCAAUGGCGAAGUUGAAAUUGAUCUCUCAUGCUUGGCACGUGAUCAAUUAGUAAGGCUCUUGUCAUAUGUCGAAGCGUGUAUUCUUGAACAGAGCGGCGGGCCGGCUGUGGAUCUUGAGCAAUACCUUGACAAGAAAGAAGAACAACAACCUUCGACUAUCAACAAACCCUCCGUUGCCAUGUUGGAUGAUUCUGAAGAUGAAGAUGAGAUGCCAAAAAAGAAAAGACAACCUCGUCGACGUAACCCUUCAAGUAAUGGUGGACGACGACGUCAACAAGGCGUCAAGGCACGAUCCAGAAAGUCACGUCAAGAAUUGACAGAAGAUAUUUUGGCGGAUGAUGAAAGUGCUGAUGAUCAUGAUGAGGAUGAUGUAUUGCAUUCUAUGGGUGGUACAUCCAUGACGAUGUCUCAAGGUCCUAUUUCCAUGGCUCAAUUAUCCAAGCGUCAAGCUCAAAUUGAAAAGCAACAAGGCAAACAACGACGACGAAGCGCUGGUAGCAACAAUGGUCGACGAGGUGGUGGUGGUGGUGGUGGCCGUAGUAAACGAUCCAAAAAGAAUGGUGAUGAUGAUGCAGCCGCUGUGGUAUCAACAUCUGCUUUGGCCCAUGCACAACAAGUGACAGAUAGCAUUGCUGUGACCCGACCUAAGCGAAGGACUGCUUUACACAAGCGACGUAUCAUGGAAGAUCAAUUUUAUGGAUCCGAGGAAACCGAUGAUGAUCAACCUGAAGGCACAUUGAUUGUGUACAGCGAUGAAAAGAUGGAUUUCAAUGUCAAGGAUAACCAAACCAUUGUUCAUGAAGCAUCCCCUGUUUCAACACCCGUACCUACUUCACCAUCAUCGAUCGCUCAAGUCUCCUUAUCAUCACCAUCUGCCAUUGAGGAGGAAGAGGAAGACGAGGAGAUUGACAUUAUGCUUUAA